GCGGUCUACUAGCGCCCGUUAAUCUAACGGGCUUAAAAUUACUAGUAACUAUUAUUGUUGUAAUGAUUUUGCUCUUCUUCCAAAGAGCAGCCUGAUAUGCUCUUUGAUAUGAUAUGAUAUGAUAUGAUAUGAUAUGAUAUUAUAUGAUAUGAUCAUAGUUACUCCAUCCUUUAUCCUUACAACUCUUUGAUGUAGGUGUAGCUGAGAUACACUGGGGCCAUUCACACAACUGGGUGGGUGGGGGAGCCAGUGGGUGUGGGGAAGGUGCAUGAAUCUUAUCUUCCCCCAAGAUGAGCCAUGGAACAUUGCUGGGAGAGCAAACCGUGCUCUCAGAUGAUCUGCUCCUACGCCAGGCAGCAUGGUGCUCCAGAGGCCAGGAUGAUGCGUCCCGGUCUUUGGGUAUACCAUAAUGCAUCAUGCGUUGAGCGCGGUGCAUUGGGGGAUUCCCCCAGAAGAUGGGCUCUCUAAGCACCUGUCUCUGUAUCUCCUCAGGCUAAAUGCAUCCUGAGGAGACACACAAUCCCUGAGCCUGGGUUAAUGAUGUGCUGGCACCAUGACCCCAGGGGAAAAGCCAGGCUAGGUGGUGCUGACCCGCCAGGGUCGGGCCCUAGCUGGUUAGGCUGUACGUGAGAACAGCCUGACUGGCUGACCCAAGGUUACCAGUAAGAUUUUUCUUCAGUCUUCUCUCUGCUCAAAGUUAGUGCCAGUUGGUUGCCGAUCACCACUAGAGGCGAAUAGCAACAAUGCUGGAGAGAAGGGGAGAGACCUGUUGCUGACUUAGGGAGUCCAGGAAGAUGCCACUGCCAAAGGCAUGCUCCAUGCUAUCUUCUGCAGGGUGCACCCCAGCAGCUGAGUCUGGCGGUGUGGAAAAACAGGGCAGUGACAGAAACAGCAGCAGGCUGAGAGGGCUUCCACUAGGGGUGGCAGGGCUCAUUCCGCCACCCUAAAAAGGCCUCAAAGGCACUGCCUGAGGCACUUGCCCUAGCUUGCCUCAUGGGGGAGCUGCUCCUGCCUAAGGUUUGAAGCAUCGCAGAGGAGGAGGAGGGAGAGAUGAUCAACUGCUCUAAAUGUGGUUACAUUUCAUGUGAGACUAAGGGCAGAAAUGAAACUUCUGUCUCAUCCAUUUCCAAACCAAUUAGAAGGUGCAGGAUGCACUCACCUCACAGUUUCAUCCUGUAGCAAAAAAAUAAUUUACAAACUAUAUUUGACCCAAAAGAAACACCACCCGAUUCGCUACCUAACUCUCACUUAAGAGUUCUAGCUACUCUCUGAACCGGUUCUAGCAAGCAGUAGUGAUUCUAAUGUUGCCCACAGAAUGUCCUGGGAGUCUGCAGUGCUCCCUCCCUGGUUUCUGUAUUGGCAGCCCAUUCAUCAUCUUGUGCCAAGGCCUAGCUGUUUGUUUGAUCUAUGUAUGGCAGAAGGAGAUUGUUGGCAGAUGACAGCAUAUGACGUGUUGCACAUCUAAAUGAAAUCUUGAUUUGACUGAGUUAUUCUGUCAUUGCAUAAUGUUGCCCAAGCAGAUAUGGUAUAAAAUGCUGCGGGGAGGGGUGUGUGUCUCACAGGACUCCCAACAGCCAGGCUCCAGCGCUUUAUCUCCUCUGCCACCCAGGCACUAUGUCUGCCAAUUGAGCUGCAGGCUGAACUGUGCUACCCAGAGGCAGUACCUAUGCAGCAUUAUAAGCCUCACUAAUGGAUUUAGCAGACAGAUGAUCCAGGGAGCUCGUGCAGAUUUCCCCAUAAAGCCUCAGCCCUGACAACUGCCCUGCAAUCUGAGCAACUCAUCUCCUAGGAAGACAAUCCGGCCAAACUGAGUGACUGCUUGCCACACUCUGCCACUGGAAUCUGAUAAUUUCGUUUCUUGGACAGACUGUGCUGUACACCUCUGGCAGAUGUCUGCUCCUUCCUGAGCUUGGGAUUCUGACUCUGUUUGUACUUGGGACGUUAACCCAUCAGUUUCCAGGGCAGAUAAGAGUGGAGAGUUUUAGCUAAGAGGUGUAGGUAACAAUUGAUGUUUUAUCAUUUCUCUCCUAGGUCUAUUCUAUAGUAGCUCACUCAGUACCACUGUACAACCAGUUUCAACCAGUACAAUUUUCAACCAGUUUCUUUACUUUGUUGGGUGGCAUUAUGGGAACAAGAAUGUUUGAUGCAAAUGUAUAUAGUGGCUGACAUUCAGAGCAACAGGAUGCAGGAGGAGCUGAAUCCUGGCAGCCAGAGACUGCUCUUAAUAGCCUACCUGACUUGGAUACAAAACAAUUGUCUCAUCCAGAGGCAGAACCAAAGGAUGAAGAUGAAGAGGGGGCACUGACAGGUCAUCCCAGAAACCCAACCCAUGUUGCACCAUUUUCUGGGGGACUCCCCAAUGUUUUGGGGGACACUCUGGGGAAAGAGCUCACUGAGGAACCCUCCGUGCCAGAACCUCUACCAGCACCUCGCAUCACCAACAACAUCCUGGGGGAUGAGCUCACUGAGGAACCCUCCGUGCCAGAACCCCUUCCAGCAACUCACAUCACCAAUGACAUCCUGGAGGAAGCGCUCAUUGAGGAACCUUCCAUGCUAGAACCCCUUCCAGCACCUCGCAUCACCAAUGACAUCCUGUAGGAAGAGCUCACUGAGGAACCCUCCAUGCCAGAACCCCUUCCAGCACCUCACAUCACCAAUGACAUCCUGGAGGAAGAGCUCACUGAGGAACCCUCCAUGCCAGAACCUCUUCCAGCACCUCGCAUCACCAACGACAUCCUGGAGGAAGAGCUGACUGAGGAACACUCCAUGCCAGAACCCCUUCCAGCACCUCGCAUCACCAAUGACAUCCUGGGGGAAGUGCUCAUUGAGGAACCCUCCAUGCCAGAACCACUUCCAGCACCUCGCAUGACCAACGACAUCCUGGGGGAAGAGCUCACUGAGGAACCCUCCAUGCCAGAACCCCUUCCAGCACCUCACAUCACCAAUGACAUCCCGGGGGAAGUGCUCAUUGAGGAACCCUCCAUGCCAGAACCCCUUCCAGCACCUCGCAUCACCAACAAUAUCCUGGGGGAAGCGUUCAUUGAGGAACCCUCCGUGCCAGAACCUCUUCCAGCACCUGGCAUGACCAAUGACAUCCUGGAGGAAGAGCUCACUGAGGAAACCUCGAUGCCAGGGCCCCUUCCAACACCUUGCAUCACCAAUGACCUACUGGGGAAAGUGCUCAUUGAGGCUACCUCAGUGCCAGGUCCUUCCAUCCUCACAGACACUCCAAAGGAAGCAGCUUCUGUGUCAGAGCCCUUACUAGAGCCUUCCAUUGCUGAUAAUUAUCUUCAGCAAGUAGAACUCCUCAAAGGGUUACAGCAUGACUAUGUCCAGCAGCAACUGAGGGUUUGCCGCAUUUCCCAACAGUUCCCUCGUUCUCUCCGGGCCAUCAACCUGCAAAUUGGACACAUGCGGACAAGGCUCAUCCGCAGUGAGGUUCGGCUGUAGCGGUGGGAAAGGGAAGGUAUGUUCACAGCAUGCCCUGGAAAUUGCUGCUGGGCUAAGAACGGCUCUUUUGUUCUGUUUCUUUCAUGUUGAAAUGCUUGAUUUGAGUCUGCAUCUAAGGUUUCAGAGGGGAGGCCUGUGAGUGGGUUGUCAGUGCUUGCUGAAGUGUUCCUUCGUUUUCUGUCUUUCAUGUGUCCAAGCUCCAGUGCCUGUAAUCCAAGCAGCUUCUCAGAGUGAGCAGUGAGGGCAAGUGAUGGUGGGUGUGGUAGGAUAUCAGCCUUUGCAGCUGACCUCCUGCUUCUUCUUCUCUCUUACAGAUGUUCCUGCAGGCCCUGCUACACUUCUCCAGCCCUCUGGGUCUGAUUCAUCAUUGUCCUCUGCCUCCCUGGAGGUUGCCUCCAUCCCACCCUCCACCUCUUCCCUCCUCCUGCAUCCCUCUCCACCUCUUCCUCCUACCCCACCUCCUCUGGAGCCGGACCUCAGCAAUGUGAAAGAAACUCUGCAGAGUUUGGUAGAGAUGCAGGUCCAUCAGCUGCAUGACCGUAAAUCUCACAGAGGCAGCACUCCAUAACCUCUACCUUUUCCAUCCUCAUUGUGAUUUUACAAUCUAAAAAACGUAUAGUCUAAAAACAGAGGCAGGGAUACAAUAGAAGAAGUAGUGGGAAGCUGAGGUGGGGGCAAGUGGGGGAAAGAUGUGUAUGUAUUUCAGCCGCAGCUCCUUAGGACCAGGGAGACCCAGGUUUGAAUUCUCAUCCAGCCAUGAAACUCGCUGGGUGACUUUGGGCCAGUCACUUGUCCCACAGCCUAACUUACCUCUUAGGGUUAUUGUGAGGAAAAAAUAACCAUGUAUAAACCUCCCUGAGCUGCUUGAGGAAGAGCAGAAUAUGAAUGCUAAAAGGAAAACAAAUAUCAGCCCUUUUGAGUUUAAGCUGAGAUGAAACAGGAAACCAAGGAGGAUGAUAUACAAUUGUGCAUAUUGCAAAUCCUCCUUAUAGUUUCAUCAAUGUACAUGGGCAAAAGUUCCCUGCCACCAGGAGCAUACAGUCUAAAGUUUGGCUUUGGAGAGAGAAGUGAGGAAGAGGAGGAAUGGGAGAGGAAAGCAUAAGGGGCAUUCAAUUCAAGCCGAUGGAGCUGCCUCUACUGAGGCAUUACGCCAAAGGCUGCGCAGUGGAGGUGGGUUUUCAGGUAUCAUUGAAGGGAUAGGAGAGAGACGAGGGGCCACAUCUGAGUGGCUGUUCCAGACCCAAGGGUCAGCGAGAGGGAAGAGAAAGAGUUGUUUUAGAGAGCAGGAGACCUUCAGGUGGCUCCUGAAGACAGAGAAGCUGGAAGAGCAAAAAUCAACCUGAUGAGGUGCAAGUUCACCGGGGGGGGAGGGUACAUAGCCAUGGAGGGUUUUCAAGACAGAGAGGAGGAGUCUGUGCUGGGCAUGGAAGGGGACUAGAGGUCCGUGCAGGGACUGACAUGGUGGAGGACAGGCCCCUUCACCCUGUUUGUUUCCUCUCCUUCAAGGCAAAAGAGACCUCCGCAGCUGCCAGGAAUGUGUACAAAGCUUCAAGGCACUAAGGGGACAAUUGAGGCGGCUAAGGAGCAGACUGGCCAGGGUGGAAGCCACUAUGGGGAUCGUGGUUCCUCCAAGGGAGCUGGACGUUGCUGAGGAAGAAGGGGAAGGCAAAUUAAAAGAGACAACUGUGCUACUAUUUACAUACGUAGCAAUAAAAUGCUGUGUAUAUAUUUUUUUAAAAUUAAAUAUUUGUUUUAAUAGGAUGUAGAGAUAGAACAGCAAUAAAACUUGCAUAUUUAUUGUUUA